AUGAAAGCUGCUCUUGCUCUUAUCUUCUUCGCUUGUGUUGCUGGUUCAAUGGCUUCAGAUGCUCGUAGCCAAUUUGUUGACCAACUUGUUCAAGAAGGACAAGCUAUUGCUAGCACUGUUUUGACUCACCUU